GUUUAUACGCCUACCACUCACAGACCUCUGCCUUUCCCAAUCAGUCUGGUAUAGAGUGGUCUGAUAGAGAGCUACAGAGACAGAACAGUAGUUUACUUUUAAUUGUCUCGUCGUCCACAGGCCAUCUCGACAGUAUGCAGCAGCCAACUUCUGUGGACCCCACAAAAAUGGGGGUCGGAAAGGCCAUCGCUGUCCUUACCUCUGGAGGAGAUGCACAGGGUAUGAAUGCUGCUGUCCGAGCCACAGUCAGAGUUGGAAUGUAUACCGGUGCUAAAGUCUAUUUCGUACAUGAGGGUUAUCAGGGUCUGGUUGAUGGAGGAGAUAACAUUCGACUAGCAACCUGGGAGAGCGUGUCAAUGAUGUUACAGCUGGGUGGCACAGUGAUUGGCAGUGCCCGCUGUCAGGACUUUCGCACCAAGGAGGGCAGAGCUAAAGCAGUGUGCAACCUUGUAAAGCUGGGCAUCACUAAUCUGUGUGUAAUUGGUGGAGACGGCAGCCUGACAGGUGCCAAUGCCUUUCGCAAUGAGUGGAGUGAACAACUCCAAAUCCUGCUAAAAGGAGGUAAAAUAACAGCAGAGGAGGCCAGGCGUUCAGCUCAUUUGAACAUUGUUGGGAUGGUUGGGUCCAUAGACAAUGAUUUCUGCGGCACAGACAUGACCAUCGGCACAGAUUCCGCCCUCCACAGGAUCAUGGAAGUUGUUGAUGCUAUCACAACAACAGCUCAGAGUCAUCAAAGAGCAUUUAUUCUGGAAGUGAUGGGGAGGCAUUGUGGGUACUUGGCUUUAGUUACUGCUCUGGCAAGUGGUGCCGACUGGGUAUUUAUUCCUGAGAUGCCUCCAGAUGAAGGCUGGGAAGACCAUCUUUGCAGGAGACUUACAUAUCAAAGAAGCAUUGGCAAUCGUUUGAACGUCAUCAUUGUGGCAGAAGGAGCUUUAGAUCGUCAUGGCAAACCCAUCACCUGCGAUUUGAUCAAGAACAUGGUCACUAAGAAGCUUGGCUUUGACACACGCGCGACUGUUUUGGGGCAUGUGCAAAGAGGAGGAACACCUUCAGCCUUCGACAGAAUCCUGGGGAGUAGGAUGGGAGUCGAGGCUGUGAUGGCAUUGUUAGAGGCAACACCUGACACUCCUGCUUGUGUUGUCAGUCUGUCUGGAAACCACGCUGUCCGACUGCCCCUCAUGGAGUGUGUGCAAGUGACUAAAGAUGUGACCGUAGCUAUGGCAGAAGGCAGGUAUGAGGAUGCCAUUAAGCUCAGGGGAAAGAGUUUCGAGAACAACUGGAACACAUAUAAACUCCUGGCCCAUGUGACCGCCCCAGACAUAAAGAGUAAUAUAAACAUAGCUAUAAUGAAUGUUGGAGCACCGUGUGCAGGAAUGAAUGCCGCCGUUCGUUCGGCUGCCAGAAUCGGAAUCCUCCAAGGACAUAACAUGCUGGCUGUACAUGACGGAUUCGAGGGUCUUGCGCAAGGGAAUGUUGAACCAAUGGGAUGGUCCUAUGUGGGAGGAUGGACAGGCAAAGGUGGUUCUAAUUUAGGAACCAAGAGGACAUUGCCAAAUACUAUGAUCGAAGAGAUCAGUCAGAACAUAGCCAAGUUUAACAUUCAUGCCUUGGUGAUCAUAGGAGGGUUUGAGGCCUUUGUUGGAGGUUUAGAAAUAGUGGCUGGCAGAGAAAAGUAUGAGGAGUUGUGCAUUCCUCUGGUUGUUAUUCCAGCUACUGUGUCUAAUAAUGUCCCCGGAUCAGACUUUAGUAUUGGAGCUGAUACUGCCCUCAAUACUAUCACAUCAACAUGUGACAGGAUAAAGCAAUCAGCCGCAGGAACAAAGCGCAGAGUGUUCAUCAUUGAAACUAUGGGGGGAUAUUGUGGAUAUCUGGCAACUAUGGCAGGGCUGUCUGCAGGGGCAGAUGCUGCCUAUAUAUUUGAAGAUCCAUUUGGCAUCCAUGACCUGGAGACAAACGUGGAGCACUUACUGGCAAAGAUGAAGACAACAGUGAAGAGAGGCCUCAUCCUCAGGAAUGAGAAAUGCAACGCAAACUACACCACAGAUUUCAUCUUCAACUUGUACUCAGAAGAAGGCAAAGGGGUUUUUGAUUGCCGCAAAAAUGUGCUUGGUCACAUGCAGCAGGGUGGAACUCCAACACCAUUUGACAGGAACUUUGGCACAAAGAUGGGCGCUAAAUCAGUGUUGUGGUUGACUGAUAAACUCAAGGAGUGCUACAGACAUGGCCGCAUCUUUGCUAAUACACCGGACUCUGCCUGUGUUGUGGGACUGAAGAAGAGAUCCAUGCUCUUCCAGCCUCUCUCUGAACUUAAACCGGAUACUGACUUUGAACAUCGCAUACCAAAGAGUCAGUGGUGGUUGAGGCUUAGGCCCCUUCUCAAGAUUCUGGCUAAAUACAAGAUCAGUUUGGACACCUCAGAGACAGCAACGAUGGAGCACAUUAUCAAGAAGACAGGAGCAGUCUAGACGAAACACACACCAUAUAACAGUGGAAUAGAGAUUCUGUAUUUAUGACCUGUGUAAUCUUAAUGUAAAACAUAUAGUUGAUAAGCUCUUACAGUCAGUAGUGUUAAACAACGUUUUACAUUCUCAAGAUUUUUACUAAUUCUCCAACAUAUUUCUCAGUUUUUCGAUCACGUCUGGUUUAAGUUGUACUACUGAUUGAAUCUUAAUAAAUAAAAUUGCCAGACUA